AUGACCGGAUGGUGCGUUGAUGCUGCUUCCGGCGGAAAAUAAACUACACUAGCAUAUGAUAAUUGAAAAACAACCUCAGUUUCCAUUUUGUCAGUUAGUACAGAGACUGGACCAGUUGUUUUUUUUUACUAAAUGUCUGUCUGAGGUGUGACUGUCAGACAUGAGCGUCACUUUGGAUAUAAGACUGAAACGAGCAAAUAAAGUCUAUCGUGAGGGGGAAGCGGUGGCUGGUGUCAUCGUGCUGGCAUGCAAGGAGCCACUGCAGCACCACGGCAUCUCUCUGAGCAUGGAGGGAGUGGUGAACCUGCAGCUGAGCUCCAAGAGCGUCGGCGUCUUCGAGGCGUUCUACAACUCUGUUAAGCCCAUCCAGCUGAUCAGCAGUAACAUUGAAGUGGCCAAGGCGGGUAAGAUCCCAGGUGGCAAGACCGAGAUCCCCUUCGAGUUUCCUCUGCACACAAAAGGCAACAAAGUGCUGUACGAGACCUACCACGGCGUCUUUGUCAACAUUCAGUACUCCCUCCGCUGUGACAUGAGACGCUCCCUGUUGGCCAAAGACCUGAGCAGGAACUGUGAAUUCAUUGUCCACUGUCAGCCGCAGAAAGCGAAAGUUGCCCCCACUCCGGUCAACUUCACCAUCACUCCAGACACCCUCGAAAACACCAGGGAGAGGAGUUUGCUGCCAAAGUUUCUAAUCCGAGGCCAUUUAGACGCCACCCACUGUGUGAUCAGCCAGCCGCUGACUGGAGAGGUGGUGUUGGAGAACUCCGACGUUCCCAUCAAGAGUAUUGAACUGCAGCUCGUGCGAGUGGAGACCUGUGGUUGUGCCGAGGGCUACGCCAGAGAUGCCACAGAGAUCCAGAACAUCCAGAUCGCCGAAGGUGACGUCUGCCACGGCCUCUCUAUUCCCAUCUACAUGGUGUUCCCCAGGCUGUUCACCUGCCCGACGCUAGAGACCACCAACUUCAAAGUUGAGUUUGAGGUCAACGUCGUCAUCGUUUUACACGAUGAUCAUCUGAUCACAGAGAACUUCCCCCUGAAGCUCUGCAGAGUCUGAACCUGGAUCUCACACCAGCUCAGGUCUGCUGCUGAACCCCAUACAACCAACCAGGACUGUGCCUUUUGAAACCAUAAACCUCUUCUGUGCACACAACUAUGUCGAGCCCCAGUUUUUUCUCUGUGGAAAACUGAACUGGGUUUUCAUCAUAAUGAAACACCUCUUGAGCUCGAGAAAGAGAUCAUGCUAAGCAAGAGGCUCUACUGAUGAAAUAUGAUCCUAGUCAGAAUUCAGAUUUCCUUCCAUUAAUAUAUAAAUAUGAUCCUUAGUGUUCGAGAGAGAAAAUCUAUGCGAGUGAUUUUUAAAAACAUUUUAAUAUUUCAAUGAAAUAAAUGUCACAUUCUUACACAAUGAUCAUUGAAGUUAUAAUUCAUUUAAGACAUUGUAACACUUCUCGUGCUACAGAACGAGAGCAGCAUUAGCCUCCAUAAAAAUCGAACAUGACAAAGAUAAGCUCAAACACAAGAAAGUUUUAUUCUUUAAAGUAUAAACUGGCGUCUUCCUGCAGAUCAGUAUUUUAAUGACACAAAAAAGCGUGCUUAAGCGUGUUUUUAGAAAUGAAUGAAAUAAAGAGGUAAAAUAAAAGCAAGCAAUGUAAUAGCAGACAUUUAGGUAGUCAUCAGGGUGAAGACGUUAUGGAGCUUGGCGUCUCCUGCCGGGCAGCACAGGGAAAUCUUCAGGCAUCAAGGCGUGAUCUCUGCAGGUGGGACAGGUGCUCUGCUCCUUCAGCCAAGACCUUAUACACUGAACCCAAACAGGAAGAGAGUCACACGUUAAGACCAGCAGCAACGACACGUCACAUAGAGGGUUUAUUAUUCUGACUGGAAUAAUACGAUUUGAUAAAUAGGUUUCAUUAACAUCAGUUUUCUAUUUAUUCAUUCUGGCAUUCGCAGUGGGCGUUUGUCAAGUCCUGCUAAUUUCUUAGUCACUAUCUUAUGUGGGCUUCAGCUAAAAUAAAGCAACUAUCUUGUGGAGUUGCUGACCACUUCAGAGCCAUGUUCCUGUAUCAUGCAUGUGCUCUGUAACGCACAUUCCUGCACAUACACACUCCAGAACUGAUUUGUGUCUAUUCUGUUUAAUUUGAUUCUUGAUGAUUCAGUUACAUCAGAUUUAUAUUCCAAUACUGCAUAAGCCUGGGGACAUUUUGUCUGCAUUCAUCAAGUGAGUCACACUGAUAUUUCCUUAAAUAUACAUUUGUGCAAAGUGCACAAUUAAAUAAAUUCCUCAAUAAAGAAACCUGGAUAAAAUAGAAGCUACGGUUGAUGUAGACAUCCUCACAUCUGGAAGCCAGAGACAACGUUUCCCAUGCAUACAAACAGAGAUCAGAUCAGUGUGCAGAGGCUUUUUGUCCUGAGUUAUGACAGCCUCCCCGAGGCGGCUCAUUCAGUCAGUCAUCAACAACGUAAAUUUUAAACUAAAAGUGAUCGUUCUGCAGAUUUUAACAACUUUUUUUUUAACCAUUUACAAAACACAUAACCACGGCAUUCACAACAUUUAGCACGGACGAGUCACAGGAUUCAAGUGACAAUGUUGGGAUAAUAUGAGUGAAAAACACUAUUAUUCAGAUUUGUGUGAAUCCAGCCCUAGUAAUCACUGUAGAAGAAAGGUUUACAGGUACGUCAACAUGAAGCCGCUCGAAUCUUAAACAGUAUUGUUUUCUCUGUUGUUUCAUUACAGCUUGAUUUGCUCUGCAGCUCAAUAUCGUGAAUGAAUUGAUCGUUAACUAAUGUCAAAGAAAUUAUGUCAGUUUCUUUUUUUAAAUGACCUUCACUUCUGUGUCUGUUGCACUUCAGCAAGUCAGAGAAGAUUAAAACAUUUUUCUUUAA